AUGUCACACGUUGCUUCUACCGUGGAAACGUCCAAAUCAUGGACUCGCGACGGUUUCUUCAUCUCCACUGACACAUCACUCGUCCCCAUCCCGGUACUCAACAAGGCAUUUGAGUCCGAGGAAAUUUACUGGGCUAAAGGACUCCCUGAACCCGUCAUGCAAGAGAUGUUGGACAAUUCAGUUUGCUUCGGCCUAUAUUCGCCUACGCCAUCACCGCCUCCUCCAACAACAGUAGCAGCUCUAGACGCUUCUGCCGCCUUUGAUUCCGCUGACAUACUGCAUGAGAUCGCAACGCCCGUCCAAACAACAACCACAACCACUUUUCAAGAAGCCAAGGCAGAGCUGAAUCUCAUCGGGUUCGCCCGUGCUAUCACCGAUCGCGUCACCUUCUUCUAUCUCACCGAUGUCUACGUCCUACCGGCGUGGCAGGGUCGGGGACUCGGUAAUUGGCUUGUCAGCUGUGUCCAGGAGGUCGUCGAAGAUAUGCCAUAUCUGCGACGGAGUAUGUUGGUCAUUGGCCACGAUCGAGAAAGUCGGAUGGGGUUUUACAAACGGCUCAUGAAGAUGGAGCCUCUGGGAGAUCCGGCAAUGGUGUUGAAUUGGAAGGGUCCUGGGUGUGCAUUCUGA